CCUGGAGGGCGGGCUCGGGAAGGGGGAGUGUCUGCGCGCCGCCGCCACCGCCACAGUCCCGGUUGCUGCCGGGGAGCUCGCCGCGUCUCUCCCCGACACCCGGCCACCCCGCGCCCCACGACGCCGCGCUCCAGGGUCUGUGGGAGCCGAGCAAAAGCGGGAGUUGCUGCGGACCACGGGGCGGCGGGACGGCCCCGGUCCCUCCCCUCCGUCACCCCUGCUUGCCAAGUCCCGGGUCAUGGGGAACACUGCGAUCGCCAAGAAAGGCAGCGAGGUGGAGAGCGUGAAAGAAUUUCUAGCCAAAGCCAAAGAAGACUUUCUGAGGAAAUGGGAGAACCCUCCCCCGAGUAAUGCUGGCCUCGAGGAUUUUGAAAGGAAAAAAACCCUUGGAACAGGUUCCUUCGGAAGAGUCAUGCUGGUGAAGCACAAAGCCACUGAGCAGUACUACGCCAUGAAGAUCCUAGACAAGCAGAAGGUCGUUAAGCUGAAGCAAAUAGAGCACACUCUGAAUGAAAAGCGGAUCCUGCAGGCGGUGGAAUUCCCGUUUCUUGUUCGGCUGGAGUACUCUUUUAAGGAUAAUUCUAAUUUAUACAUGGUUAUGGAAUAUGUUCCUGGGGGUGAAAUGUUUUCACAUCUAAGAAGAAUUGGAAGGUUCAGUGAACCCCAUGCUCGUUUCUAUGCAGCUCAGAUCGUGCUAACAUUUGAGUACCUCCAUUCCCUCGACCUCAUCUACAGAGAUCUCAAGCCUGAAAACCUCCUAAUCGACCACCAGGGCUACAUCCAGGUCACAGACUUCGGGUUUGCCAAAAGAGUCAAGGGCAGGACUUGGACACUGUGCGGCACGCCAGAGUACCUGGCGCCGGAGAUCAUCCUCAGCAAGGGCUACAAUAAGGCGGUGGACUGGUGGGCAUUGGGCGUGCUGAUCUACGAGAUGGCCGCUGGCUACCCCCCAUUCUUUGCUGACCAGCCAAUUCAGAUUUAUGAGAAGAUUGUUUCCGGGAAGGUCCGAUUCCCAUCCCACUUUAGCUCCGAUCUCAAGGACCUUCUGCGGAACUUGCUCCAGGUGGAUCUGACCAAACGAUUCGGAAACCUGAAGAAUGGUGUGAGUGACAUAAAGACCCACAAGUGGUUUGCCACGACUGACUGGAUUGCUAUUUACCAGAGAAAGGUUGAGGCUCCAUUCAUACCAAAGUUCAGAGGCUCUGGAGAUACCAGCAACUUUGAUGACUACGAAGAAGAAGAAAUCCGUGUCUCUAUAACAGAAAAAUGUGCAAAAGAAUUUUGUGAAUUUUAGGGAGGAAAAACCUUGCCUCAAGCUCACACUCAGUCUUUGCACGCUGUGGAGGUGGAAGGUGGAGCCGAGACCUGCUUGUUGAAGUGGUUUCCAGGUCCCUUCAUUCCAGCAGCUGAGUGAGGUCUUCAUUGCGUCAUCAGUGUGUACUCUGCAACCGCCUGUGUACCGAGGCACCGCUCCACAAGCAUCUUCUGUGCCGUGACACAGUGUACACCACUUUCCUACUGUUCUGGUUGUUUUUCUCCACCCUUCUACAUCCUUCUCAUUAACUUCUCUGACCAGUGCUCCAUUUUCCUUUCUUGGUGUUUCAGAUGGGCAGGGUUACGGCUGUGUGAUACUUACAAGGAAAGCUACAUGUUGCUUUUUGUAGUUUUGAGCGAUAUUAUUGCUGACCAGUGGCUUGAAGAUAAACUCUCCAAUGAUUUUUUUUUUU